UAAUCCCUAAUCUUCAUUAGAGCUAGACAAUAUCUCUCCAGAGAUACCGCCGAAAUUUGGGAGAUCAUCACCUAAGAAGUACACACUAUUGGCCUGACCAAAUAUACUGUUAUUUUACCUUGAGCAGUUUUUCCUCUGAUACUGUGCAACUCUUUAGUAUCAGUAUAUUUACAUAUAUGUCAUAUUUUUGUGAUAACUAUACUUUUAUUUGCUUAUAGUUUCGUUUUAAUUUUACUUUAUUCUUAUCCCCAGCAGUAAUAUACAGAAAAAUCACAGUUUGAUAUAUUAGUUACACUCCUAAUAAAUAUUAAAAUCCAUGCGCCCCUUAAAAUCAGCUUAUAUACCACCAGUUGAAUGUCUAGCACACACCUUGGGAAAUACUAACAUGAAAAUAUCUUGCCGUGGAAAUAAGGGAUGAAGGUUGGAGUGGGGAAAAGUUAAGAUAACCUCUCAUAACUCUCCUUCCUACCAGAUAUAUGCACAAAUAAACAAAAAAAUAUUUCUUUACACUCAAUACAUCUCUAAUAUUGAGUUUCUUUGUGAUACAAUAUAUCCACCAAAUGAAACAUUUUAUUGAAAUAUGCAAUUUUAUGAAAAAACAAGCAUCACCUAGAAGGAAAGAAGCAUGCUGCUAAUGCUGUAGACAUGUGAUGUAUAUGUGUGUGUCUCUGUAUGUUUAAUUCUCUUCCUUUCUUUCAAAUCAAGUGACCUAGUCUCAUUCGGUUAGGUUUCAACCACAAAACAUCACUGUAGGCUUUUUUUUUUCAAGAUACACGUCACAAUACACCAAGAAAGGGGGAACUUCCAGCGUCUGUGGCAAUAUCACUUGAUAAACAGACUCAGUUUGAACAGCAGGAGCAUUUACUAUAUAAAGCAGCAGAGACGGCGGCUAGCAGACACUUGCCUUGCGAGGACGAUGCGAGCAGCAGCCGUCCCCACGCCAAGGUUAGACAAAAUGCCAGGAAUGUUCUUCUCUGCCAAUCCAAAGGACUUGAAAGGAACUGAUCACUCACUUCUAGACGACAAGACGCAAAAAAGGAGGGCAAAGACUUUUGGAAUGGAUGUGAAAGCAUACUUGAGAUCUAUGAUCCCACAUCUGGAAUCUGGAAUGAAACCUUCCAAGUCUAAGGACAUACUCUCUGCUGAUGAAGUAAUGCAAUGGUCUCAGUCUCUGGAAAAACUUCUUGCCAACCAAACUGGUCAAGAUGUCUUUGGAAAUUUCCUCAAGUCUGAGUUCAGUGAGGAGAAUAUUGAAUUCUGGCUGGCUUGUGAAGACUAUAAAAAGACAGAGUCUGAUCUUUUGCACUGCAAAGCAGAGAAAAUAUAUAAAGCAUUUGUGCAUUCAGAUGCUGCUAAACAAAUCAAUAUUGACUUUCGAACUCGAGAAUCUACAGCCAAGAAGAUUAAAGCGCCAACCCACACGUGUUUUGAUGAAGCCCAAAAAGUCAUAUAUACUCUGAUGGAAAGGGACUCCUAUCCCAGGUUCCUCAAAUCAAAUAUAUACUUAAAUCUUCUGAACGACCUUCAGGCUAAUAGUCUGAAGUGACCGGUUCCUGCCUGGAGAGAAUUAAAGAUGGUAUCAAGAACAGAAAGAAUGUGCCAGUAUGGCUCCCUGGGUGAACAUCUUGACCUUUUGAGUGACUGAACAGUCCCAGGGGAAGAACAAAUGACUCAGAAUGGAUUAACAUGGAAGUUAUUCGGGCGCAGGGUUGAAGAAGAGCAAGAUGAAAAUUGAGAGACAGUAGAAGGAAGGAGUAACUAUGGUACUGUCAUAGAACACAGUGGACCUAUGUAUUAGAUAAUCCGUCAGAACUGAGAAGGCCGGGUAACUCCAGUUACACAGAAACUGUGAAUACAGGUUUUGAAACUGAUUAAAAUAUGCUAUAAGCUUCAAGGUCAACUGACAUUUAUGCUGCAUAUUAUUAUAUAGACAUGGUAUUAAGCUGCUGAAAUCUUUCACUUGGAUGACCAUUUGAAAAGUAUGUAUUUCGAAAUCACCCUUGCUAUUAUAUAUGACACAAAGUUUUUUGGUGUUGUUUUGCUUGUUGAAUUGUUUUUGGCUUGAAAGAGAUGAAGGAGACAACAAUGUAUUUAACUUAAGCUGUUGCUCUUAAAACUGGGAAGUCAAUAUAUUUGUAAAUUAAAUUAUCAUAGUGUCAAUAAUAAAUGGGAGUUUUUCUAUUAAAAAUAUAUAC